GGGAGUCGGGACUCGGGAGCUGGGACUUGGGAGUCUUGGGGGAUGACUACCCUUAGAGCCCCAAGCCCAGGCGACCCGACCAGAAAGACGAUGGCUCUAGUACGGUACCGGCGCGAAGGCACUCCAGCAGUCCAGUGUCAGACAUGGUUUUGUAUAAUAAUCAUUCCCGCGAAAUAUCUUCUACCUGGCGGUCCUGGCCACCUCAAUUUUGUAUUUUUACUUUUUUAGUUUAUGUUAACUCCUUGAAUUAUCUUCUUAAACCGCUCUGCUAGAUUCAUAGACUACCAGAAAAGGGGGAAAAAGAAAAAGAAAAUAAAAAAAUAUGCUCAUUACAUAUGAAACUCCGAAAUCCGAAUAGAAUGGGAUUCAGUUAAUUCUUACACCAUUUUUCUUCCGGUUGGCAUCAUCGCGAGAUCAUUGAGGAUCGUCAAUGGCGCUUUCUAUUGCUUCUGCUGGCUCCAGCUUUGCAUCAGAGUACGUGGCGGCUUCUUUUCCACGCUCCUUGGAACUUAUCUCGUCGACUGGUGUUCUGCCAUUUUCCACGGUCAAGUGCCGGUGCCGGACUGGUAAGAGACGAUCUCUAAUCACUAAUGUUUACACAGGAGGUAUUUCAGUAUCGCGAGCUGCGCAAACAACGAAGUGGAAAGAAAAGCUCGAAACCGAGCCGGACGCCAUAUCUAUUCUGAAUGAGAGGAUUCGUCGUGACCUCGGAAAUAGAGAUUCUUCGAGAACUGUCAUGGAUUCGCAGGAAGCAGAGAAAUAUAUUCAAUUAGUGAAGGAGCAGCAGCAGAGGGGACUGCAGAAAUUGAAGGGAGAGGGAGAAGGGAACUCAGAUGGGUUUAGUUACAAGGUCGAUCCUUAUACACUUCGUCCGGGAGAUUAUGUUGUUCACAAGAGAGUUGGAGUUGGACGAUUUGUUGGGAUUAAGUACGAUGUUCCCAAGGAUUCCACGGAGCCCAUUGAGUAUGUAUUUAUAGACUAUGCGGAUGGAAUGGCGAAGCUGCCUGUUAAGCAAGCAUCACGUCUCCUAUAUCGAUAUAAUCUUCCAAACGAAACAAAAAAGCCAAAGACAUUGAGCAAAUUAAAUGAUACCAGUGCAUGGGAGAGGAGAAGGAUAAAAGGGAAGAUUGCCAUCCAGAAAAUGGUUGUUGACUUGAUGGAGCUAUAUUUACAUAGGCUGAAACAAAAGAGGCUGCCAUACCCGAAGAGUACUGGAAUGGAUGAUUUUGUCGCUCAAUUUCCUUAUGAGCCCACUCCUGAUCAGAAACAGGCUUUCAUUGAUGUUGAGAAGGACUUGACUGAGAGGGGAACUCCAAUGGACAGGCUGAUAUGUGGAGAUGUUGGCUUUGGUAAAACAGAAGUUGCCCUACGUGCCAUUUUUUGUGUUGUUUCAGCAGGGAAGCAGGCUAUGGUUCUAGCUCCAACUAUUGUUUUAGCAAAACAACACUUCGAUGUUAUUUCUGAGCGCUUUUCCAGGUAUCCUUACAUCAAGGUUGGACUCUUGAGCAGGUUUCAGACCAAGGCAGAGAAAGAAGAGCAUCUUUCAAUGAUUAAACAUGGGCAUUUGGAAAUCAUUGUUGGAACUCACGCGCUUCUUGGAAAUCGGGUUGUUUAUAAUAAUCUUGGGCUUCUUGUUGUUGACGAGGAACAGAAGUUUGGUGUCAAACAGAAGGAGAAGAUUGCUUCUUUUAAAACUUCAGUUGAUGUUCUCACUCUUUCUGCAACGCCUAUACCUCGAACCCUUUACUUGGCGUUGACUGGGUUUCGUGAUGCUAGUUUAAUAUCUACACCUCCUCCAGAAAGAGUUCCUAUAAAAACUCAUCUUUCUGCAUACAGUGAAGAAAAGGUCUUAUCAGCAAUCAAUUUUGAGCUGGAUCGUGGUGGCCAAGUUUUCUAUGUUUUGCCUCGUAUUAAAGGACUUGAAGAAGUGAUGCAAUUUCUUGAGCUGUCAUUCCGAAAUGUUGAAAUAGCCAUUGCACAUGGAAAGCAAUACUCAAAGCAGCUAGAAGAAACUAUGGAAAAGUUUGCUCAAGGAGAAAUCAAGAUUCUAAUAUGCACAAACAUAGUUGAAAGUGGGCUUGACAUUCAGAAUGCAAACACUAUAAUAAUUCAAGAUGUUCAGCAAUUUGGCUUAGCACAGCUGUAUCAGUUGCGCGGACGGGUGGGACGUGCAGAUAAGGAAGCUUAUGCACACUUAUUUUACCCCGACAAGUCACUUUUGUCUGAUCAAGCAUUGGAGCGACUUACUGCUCUUGAGGAGUGUCGUGAUUUGGGCCAAGGUUUCCAAGUUGCAGAGAGAGACAUGGGUAUAAGAGGAUUUGGAAAUAUCUUUGGCGAGCAACAGACGGGAGAUGUUGGAAAUGUGGGCAUUGAUCUGUUCUUUGAGAUGCUUUUUGAAAGCCUGUCGAAGGUUGAAGAACAUCGGCUGGUUUCAGUUCCUUACCAUAGUGUACAGCUUGAUAUAAAGAUUAGUCCUCACCUUCCUUCAGAAUACAUAAACUAUCUAGAAAACCCGAUGGAAAUAAUAAGCAAGGCUGAGAGAGCUGCUGAGAAAGGAAUCUGGAGUUUGAUGCAGUUCACUGAGAAUCUUCGUUGCCAAUAUGGAAAGGAACCGCUCUCCAUGGAAAUUUUACUGAAGAAGCUUUAUGUGAAGAGGAUGGCUGCAGAUCUUGGGAUCACUAGAAUAUAUGCUUUAGGCAAGAUGGUGGGUAUGGAAACACAAAUGAGUAAGAAGGUUUUCAAGUUGAUGACAGAGUCAAUGGCAUCUGAUGUUCACCGGAACUCUCUGGUUUUGAAGGAAAAUCAAAUUAUGGCAGAACUGCUACUGGAGCUACCAAUAGAGCAACUUCUCAAUUGGAUUUUUCAGUGCUUGACUGAACUUCAUGCCUCAUUACCAGCCCUCGUAAAAUACUGAAUCUCUUCAUGGGAGCAGCUGAUCCUUUAUGAUGCUCUUUGUUCUUGCAUUCGGCCCCGGAAGGUCAAUGUUUUGUAUAUCAGCACGGGGACGGGUAGCAGAAAUUUACGAACCAGGAAGAUCAGUUUAUCGAGUAUCAAAGUUCCUGAGAUGUCGCUCUGCAGAUUCCAGAUAUGAUAUGUGCUUGUUCAGACUAUGGAAAGAUGUAUGACACAUCUAAUGGACUUCUGAAAACUUACUGCUUCAAAGAGGGUGGAGAUUGCUCUGCACCAAUUUUUCGCUCAAUUGGAACUAGCAUUGUCAACUGGUGUCACUCUGGCCGGAUCUGAUGAAUGGAGGAUAUACCUGUUGGUAGGAGUGAUAUGAGGCGUAGACACUGGAGUCUGAAAAGUAUGGUAACUGGGUAUAUAACUAGUCUCUCUGCAUGUGGAUGCUACCUUCAUCAACCUCAUCACGUAUUACCUCCUUCAUGAGGUUCAACUGUUGGCAGUGAGAUACAUUGGUGUCUGCUGGAACAAAGGUGUUCUUGGUUGGAAACUGCUACUGAAUACUUUUUUAUGCAAUGAAAGGAGCACCUACAGGAUUACCCAACCGAGGUAAUUUAUUAUUAUUAUUUUUUUCUAUUUUAUUCCUGAAAUGUCUGAGAGGGUGGACUCAUGAUUAAGUUUCUGUGAUAGUCUUUUCUUGGCUUGUAAAUGGGGAAAAAAAAAAAUGUAAAGUUACAACAACUUCUUUUUCACCUACUUUGGUUACAAAAAGAUUUUCCCGAAUUUAAAUUUAAAAGAUUUACGUCCUCGUA